GAGAUGUGGAGGAAGGCGUUCCUGGCCGCCGUGUGCCUCUGCCUGCGCUGGGGGGCUGCUCUCGGCGAAGAAGGCAAAAACAAUUUUGCGGGAAUUGAGAGCAAGUUUUCCUUACGGACGCCUGCAGAGCCUGAUGAGGAUGUCUGCUACCUGGUUCCUGGGCAGGUGAACAGCCUGGCACAGUGCAACUUCAAUCAUACCAGUAAAACCUUUGUGGUGAUCCAUGGGUGGACGGUGACAGGGAUGUAUGAAAGUUGGGUCCCAAAGCUGGUGGAUGCUCUGUACAAGAGGGAGCCUGACUCAAACGUCAUUGUGGUGGACUGGCUAGAUCGAGCUCAGCAGCACUACCCGGUGUCGGCCGCAUACACCAGGCUGGUGGGAAAGGAUGUUGCUAUGUUUAUUGACUGGAUGGAGGAGCAAUUUAAUUAUCCUCUCAACAAUCUCCACUUGCUGGGGUACAGUCUAGGUGCCCAUGCUGCUGGGAUUGCUGGGAAUCUGACCAAAAAGAAGGUGAACAGAAUUACUGGGCUGGAUCCUGCUGGUCCUACCUUUGAGUAUGCUGAUGAACUCACUCGCCUCUCCCCGGAUGAUGCCGAGUUUGUGGAUGUCCUACACACCUACACCCGAGGCUCUCCAGACCGCAGCAUUGGGAUCCAGAAGCCUGUUGGACACAUUGAUAUUUAUCCCAAUGGUGGAGGUUUCCAGCCAGGUUGCAAUUUGGGAGAAGCACUGCGUCUGAUUGCUGAGAAAGGGCUUGGAGAUGUGGAUCAGCUGGUGAAAUGCUCCCAUGAACGAUCCAUCCAUCUCUUCAUUGACUCUCUCCUCAAUGAAGAAAAGCCAAGCAUGGCCUACCGCUGCAACACAAAGGAGGCCUUUGAGAAGGGCCUCUGCCUGAGCUGCCGCAAGAACCGCUGCAACAAUUUGGGUUACAAGGUCAACAGAGUGAGAACAAAGAGAAACACUAAAAUGUAUCUGAAAACCCGUGCUCAGAUGCCCUACAAAGUCUUUCAUUAUCAGGUCAAGAUUCAUUUCUUUGCAAAGACUAACAUGACGAAGACAAACCAGCCAUUCCUGAUCUCUCUCUAUGGCACUCUAGACAAGAGUGAGAACAUUGCUUUCACACUGCCUGAAAUCUCCACAAACAAGACCUUCUCCUUCCUGAUUUACACAGAAGUGGAUAUUGGAGACCUGUUUAUGGUGAAGCUGCAGUGGGAAAAAGACACCUUCUUCAGCUGGUCAGAUUGGUGGACUCCCUUUACAUUUGACAUCCAGAGAAUCAGAGUGAAGUCAGGGGAAACUCAGAAAAAAGUGGUGUUCUGUUCUCGAGAUGGCACCUCACAUCUCAGUAAGGGAGAAGAGGCAGCAAUAUUUGUGAAAUGCUCGGAGCAGCCCGUCAACAGGAAGAGAGGAGGUACCAAGAGAGCCUCGAAAGAAAAUUCUGCUCAUGAAUCUGCUUAAGUGACAAGAACAAGGAUUUUUCACACUGGGGAGGAGAAGAGUCUGUUCAUCCCUGUGGACUGGAUGUUCAGAACCAAAUAUAUAGAAAUAUUUAUCUGCUGCUGGAUUUUUGCCUGCUAUUCCUAGCUAUUUUAGAGACUUCUUGUAAAAAAAGUCUCAGCAUAUGAAGUUACUAACCAUAAAGAUACAUUAUCCAAAUAGUUAAAAACAAAAGA